UCUCGCAGCUGACCAAUUAAAGCCCGUGCCUAACACCAAGACCUGCAGUCCGGCGCGGCUAUUUAUAGGCCGUCCCGCCGGGCUCUCCCCACUGCUGCGUGCGAGCUCAGAACGAGAGGCUAGAGCUGGAGACAUAGAGGAGAGAAAGCUAGCUACAUGAUCGCCAUGGCGGCAGCGGAGCUCGGCUUUGUUCUCAUCUGUGCAGUGCUCAUGGCGACGAUCCUCCGGCCCACGCUCGCCUCGCCGACCACGACGUCCGUCGUCGACCAGAUCCGCGAGCUCGAAGGCGUCACCGCCGGGCGGAUCCGCACGGACGCCGCCGCGACCGCGCUCGCGUCCACCGACUUCGGCACCAACGCGUCGUCCGUGGACGCCGCGCGCCCGGCGGCCGUGUUCUACCCGUCGAGCGCGGCCGACAUCGCCGCGCUGCUGCGGGCGUCCAGCGCCAGCGCCUCCCCGUUCCCCGUCUCUGCGAGGGGGUGCGGACACUCGACCGGCGGCCAGGCGACGGCCCCCGGCGGCGUCGUCGUCGACAUGGCGUCGCUGGGGCGCAGCGCCGACGGCCCCUCCGUCGCGCGCCUCGCCGUCUCGGUGCACGGGCGCUACAUCGACGCCGGCGGCGAGCAGCUGUGGGUGGACGUGCUGCACGCGGCCCUCGCGCACGGCCUCACGCCGCGCUCGUGGACGGACUACCUCCACCUAACCGUCGGCGGCACGCUCUCCAACGCAGGGAUCAGCGGCCAGGCCUUCCGCCACGGCCCGCAGAUAUCCAACGUCCUCGAGCUCGACGUCGUCACCGGGACCGGGGAGAUGGUGACGUGCUCCAAAGAGAAGCAAGCGGACCUCUUCGACGCCGUGCUCGGCGGGCUGGGGCAGUUCGGCCUCAUCACGCGGGCGCGGAUCCCGCUGGUGCCGGCGCCGGCGAGGGCGCGGUGGGUGCGGCUCCUCUACGCCGACGCCGCGGCGCUGACGAGCGACCAGGAGCGGCUAAUCGCCGAGCGCGGCGCGCUGGCGGGGGUCAUGGACUACGUCGAGGGCUCCGUGCUCACCGACUCCCAGGGCCUCAUCGGGAGCUGGCGCUCGCAGCCGCCGUCGUCCUUCUUCUCGGAGGGCGACGCGGCCCGCGUCGCGGCGCUGGCCAAGGAGGCCGGCGGCGUCCUGUACUGCCUCGAGGGCGCCGUCUACUACGGCGGCGCCGCCGACACGACCGCUGCCGACGUUGACAAGGGUCUGGAGGUGAUGCUGCGGGAGCUGCGUUAUGCGCGGGGUUUCGCGUUCGUGCAGGACGUGUCGUACGUGGAGUUCCUGGACCGCGUCCGGGCCGGCGAGCUCAAGCUCCGCGCCGCGGGGCUCUGGGACGUGCCGCACCCGUGGCUCAACCUCUUCCUCCCGCGCUCCAGCAUCCUGGACUUCGCCGCGGGGGUCUUCCACGGCGUGAUGCUCCGCCGCGGCGGCGGCACCAUGAUGGGCCCCGUCCUCGUCUACCCCAUGAACCGGCGCGGGUGGGACGGCGCCAUGUCGGCGGUGUUCCCGGAGGACGACGGCGACGAGGUGUUCUACACGGUGGGGAUCCUGCGGUCGGCGGUGGCCGCCGGCGACCUCGCGCGCAUGGAGGCGCAGAACGCGGAGGUCGCGCGGUUCUGCGCGGACGCCGGCAUCCCGUGCACGCAGUACCUGCCGUCGUACGCGACGCAGGCGGAGUGGGCGGCGCGGCACUUCGGGCCCGGCAGGUGGGACAGGUUCGCCCGGCGCAAGCGCAAGUACGACCCCAACGCGAUCCUGUCGCGCGGCCAGAGGAUUUUCUCGUACCCACUUGCUGCCUAGCUGCUAGCUAGCUGAUCAUCGUCGAUUCACGCGCAUGAAAUGAUGCGUGGUUCGAUCAGUCAGUGGUGGUACAGUUACUAAGCACUGUAGCUGUGUCUCUAGGUUAGGUAAUAAUGCACGCACGUCGUCACAGUUGAUCGACCUCGAGCAGGUCUGAACGCUGGAACAGUGUAACGUCAGCAUCUGUCUGCAUAUAAUGGUGCCCUGGAUGUAUAUGAACAAUGUCUGGUCGACGAUCUACUUGUU